ACUGUAGUUAAUCUUGUCUCUUUACUACAGCAAUGCAUAUUAGGAGUUGUUUGCAGACAUGAAUAAUCUCAAGUCUAUAAUACUAGUCUUUGUAAGUCUCUUGCUAGCAAUUAAUAUUGGCUGCGAGGUAAGGUCUAUCAUUUCUAUACUCGUUCCUUUUGUAUGCGGUCGAUGCAGUCUCCGCAAUGAGCUCACAUGAAUUCAUCGCAAUUACGACCAGUUGUUGUUUCCACAAUCGUCGGCCUUGCAUCUACAAUCGAGUUUCAAAACCCAACCCAGGCCAUCUUGGUGGUGACGUAGCCCGCGCCAGUAGCCGCCAGCCUUCAGCCUCCGCCCGACCUGUGACACAACAUCGCAUGUAGUCAAACAGCAUCUAAAACUACACUUGACCCAUACUACUCUCUGCAGUUCCUACAUCCACAAGUCGACAUGGCAGAUUACGUACCACCUGCGCCAAAGCUCCGCGAGCAGGAUCUCAAGGGCAAAGUCGCCAUUGUCACCGGUGCAUCGAAAGGGAUAGGGCGGGCGAUAUCUCUCUCACUCGCAACACGCGGCUGUUCCAUCUUAGGAACCUACUCGUCCCCCCAAUCCGCCCACAACUUCGACACUCUCUCAUCCACAGUCCGUGACCUCUAUGCCUCUUCCAACAACGAGGUUCCAACCAUGCGGGGCGUGGUCGCAGACAUAACAUCUCUCCCUUCCAUCGGUACUCUCCUCACAGCUCUCGCUAACCAUUUCUCCGGCAAGAAACUCAGCAUACUCGUCUUCAACGCAGCCUUCAAUACUCGACCUAGGAUAGGUAGCGCCAGCGAAGCAGACAUCAGCCAAUCUCUAACAGGAAACUUGCACUGGCCAAUCGUUCUCAUGGAAAAUCUGGUGCGUCAGGAUCUCUUCACGCCACACAGCCGCGUCGUAGUCAUCUCUUCAGAUCGCGUACGAGAUCCUUCUCCUGGAUCUGGACUGUUCAAUGCUACGCGCGCAGCAAUGGAGUCGCUGGUGCGAUCGUGGGCCAUUGAGUUGCCGCAUAGCUUUCCAGGAACGACAGUGAAUGCUGUGUCUGUGGGACUGACGGAUACACCUGGCUUGCGGUCCUUUCCCCCAGAAGCUGUGCGGGCGUUGAAGGAACAGAGGCUACCAAAGGUCAAGGUCGCCGAGGGAGGAAGAAUGGGACAGGCGGAGGAUGUAGCCGAUGUUGUAGGGUUUCUAGUCAGUGAGCAGAGUAGAUGGGUUAGCGGGAGUGUGAUGGCGGCGAAUGGAGGGGCUGAGUGGGUUGGUGGGAGUUCUUGAAUGGUUGAGAGUCGAGCUUCUUCAUACUGGUGGCCGCAUGUGCGACGGGCAAGGUCUCGAAUUGAAGGUGGUAGUACAAAUCUAAUACUUUGACGUCUC